UUUCUUUGGUAGAACGUUCAAAAAGUUACUCAACCACAUUAAAUUCGUUCAUAGCCAUGAACCCAAUUUUACUAUAGCAUGCGGUGACUGUGGACAGUCUUUUAAAAAAUUCAAUUCCUUCAAAUCACAUAUUCAAAGGGAACAGCUCAAGAAAGACAGACAAGGUUUAGUGCUAUCUGAUCAAGAUGAUGACGUUACUAAUGGAAAUCAAGACGAUUGUGAUGCCUUUGACCAACAGGACAACGCAGAUGAAAAAGAUUGUGUCGAUGAUAUCACCCGAUUCCUUGCUUUGUUCAUUUUGAAGACAAAAGAGGAAAACCAACUUAGCCAGCAAACCAUAAGUGCAAUUCUGGAAAACACGGGAGAUUUAGUAGACAAGAGUUUACAGAUUUUGAAAGAAAAAAUUGUGAGUUGUCUAGAAAACAAUGGCGUUGAUAUAGGAACUAUGGAGGGUCUAAACGAAGUAUUUGAAGGUCCAAGUGUCUACUCUCAAGCACAAGAGCGUUUAAAAAACAGCUAUUUACAGCUUAAGUAUUUUGCUGAGAACUUUAGCUUUGUGGAACCAGAAGAAGUAAUCCUGAGUCAGUAUGCAGAAUAUCGAUUUCAGCGAGGCAAGCAAAAAUUAUUUCUUGUGAAAGAAACUUUCCACUACAUUCCAAUAUUAAAAACAAUUGAGAGUCUGCUUAAUCAGCCAGAUGUCUUCAGUGAGGUUAUGAAUGGCCAUGCAAGCACGGAUGGAACCUUAAAAGAUUAUUGUGAUGGUGAUGAUUGCAAAGCACAUCCUCUCUUUGGUGCAAACCACCAAACUCUUAUUCUGCAUUGUUAUUACGACGACUUUGAAGUUACGAAUCCCCUUGGUUCAAAGACAAAGAAACAUAAAAUUGGAGCUUUUUACUUUAUCCUUGGAAACUUGCACCCACGGUACAGAUCAGUUAUCAGAAGUAUCCAAUUAAUUGCACUUUGUAAAGUUCCUCUAAUAGUCAAGUAUGGUAUUGAUAGGAUUUUGCAGCCAUUUAUGCAAGAUAUUCAUCGCCUUGAAAGUGACAAUAGUGUGACAUUCAAGAUUGAUGGACAGGAGAGAAUGUUUCAAGGCUCAAUUGGCCCAUUUUCAAGUGAUAAUCUUGGGGCACAUUCCCUUGGUGGUUUGCAAGAGUGUUUCAGCGCUCUAAGGAUUUGCAGAAUUUGCAUGGCAACGAAAGAGGACAUAAAAACUAAGUUUGUUGAAGAAGAUUUCCAGCUUCGAACCAUACAAGGCCAUGAGAGRCAUUGCCACUUGGUUCAAAAUGAUCCUUCAUUGGCUACUACUUAUGGAGUUAAGAGAAAAAGUAUUUUAAAUCAGUCAAAGUACUUCCAUACUUUGGAUGGUCUUGUCUUAGAUGUCAUGCACGACCAACUUGAAGGGGUUUUGCCACUUGAAGUGACAUUACUCCUGAAGAAAUUCAUUGAAGAAGAGAAAUAUUUCACGCUUGGAGACUUGAAUGAAAGAAUUGCAAAUUUCUCUUAUCCACAAUCUGAUGCAUGCAAUAAACCCAGCCCAAUAAAGCAAUCAAUAAAGAUUUSCCAAUCAGCUGCUCGAAUGUGGUGCCUUGCAAGGAUGCUUCCACUCAUGAUUGGUGACUAUGUGCCACAAGACAAUGAACACUGGGAAAAUUUCUUACAUUUGCUAAGAAUAGAGGAGAUGGUAUUUGCUCCAACAGCAACACCACAGCUUGCUGCCUAUCUUCGUGUUUUAAUUGAAGAGUACUUAAGUGAUUUUGUGGUGCUGUAUGACAGAAACCCUAUCCCAAAGCAACACUAUAUGGUACAUUACCCAAAGCAAAUCAUAAGAAAAGGUCCACUUGUGAGAAACUGGGCUAUGCGAUUUGAAGCUAAGCACAAUUAUUUUAAAAGGCUAGUGGAUAGGAUUAAUAACUUCAAGAAUAUUACCUAUUCACUAACUUGGCGACACCAAGCUUUACAGGCCUAUAUGUUGCAGAGUUCUAAUGGUAAUUUUUUAAGAUUGUCAUUAGAAGUUGGACCAGGAAGUACAACAACUGUUACUGAGGCUGGUCUUCAAAAUGAAAUGCAAGAUAUGGAUUGCAAUAUAACAGGAAACAGUAGAUUAACGAAGGCAUCAUGGGCCAAAGUAUAUGGAACAAAGUAUAUGCCUGGCAGUGUCAUCGUUAUUAAACUACAUCAUGGCUUUCCUGUUUUUGGGGAGAUUAAACAGGUUUUCAUUGCUGACGGCCACAAAGUUUGCUUCGAAUACAUUAAAAUAAAUGUUGUUGAAUUUGUUAGUCACCUUAAUGCAUACUCUAUAGAAAGGUGUCAAAAUGGGAAGGGGUAUGUUAAACAGGUUGACCUUUUUGAUUGUUAUCCUCUUGGUCUGGUCAAAGGAUACAGUUGUUAUAGGAACAAAUUAUUUGUAGUUUUGAAAUAUCAGCUUGAUUGUAUGAUUUAAUAAUAAUAUACUGUAUAGAAAGCUAGCUUAAUGACUAAAAUACAAAA